GGAUUUCAUAGUUUUUGAUUUGUUCAUUCGGUUUACAAACCGAAGUAGUCGCACUCACUGAUUAUCACUAAUGUUAUUAUUCUAUUUAUUUUUCAACCUUCGUGUACUCAUUAUUACAGUUGACAACUUGGUUAAAAAUAUUUAUAAUAUUUAACAUGAAUUCUUGUAACCAGUACAUGGCAAUAUUUAGGUACUUAUACCAAUAAUUAUGAGUGUGAACAGCUGUUUAAAAAAAGUGCGAUAUAGAUAAUAUUUAUUGUGUAUCUGUGUUAUUUUUCAACAUUCAAAAUAAAGUUAGAAUGCCUGCAAUUCGAAUGUUAGGCCGCAAAUGGCUUUUUGCCUCAGACGAUCUCGUAUUUCCAUGCGUUAUAGAAUUACCUUUUAGAAUAGUAUGGCUGGUGCUAAUGGCGAUAGUAGUAGCGCAUGAAAAUACGUGGCAAUGUAAUACAACUGGAUUUGAUGAAGUUUUCAUGCAGUUAUACAUGCGGGGCACCCUGGCACUUCAGGCGGCUAUGGUACUCCUGUUACCAAUUCUAGCGCAACAAUCUGCAAAAGGCACUAUAACUACCGAUAGAAAAUUAGUUGUUCCCUUAAUUUAUAUCAACAUGUUCAUGACGCUGUUAGAACUGUUGCUUAACGUUUUAGGAACUGUUUGGAUGUUCAGUGAUGCCAUCGAAUGCAAUACAACGCACAUAUUUUCUAGUAGAGUUAUAUAUUACCUAAUAAUAUUCACGUGGGUACGAAUGGCAAUACUCCCCAUAACUAUAUAUUCCCUCUACGAUCCUCUGGGAGCUAUAGAUUACGAUAGCAUACAAGACGAAAACACAAGAGUCUGGUACAACAGAAAGCUUGUUGAGUCGUGGGUGUGGAGACUUAAAUGGGCCCUAUUAUUACUCGAAAGAAACGAACAGAGUAAAGAGGCAAUUGAAGAAACUGCACGUCUUCUGGCCGCCUUGUAUAGGUCGACUGAUCUUGUAUUAUCCGAUAUAUUUGCUGGUUGUGUACUCUUGAGGAUACGACAGAAACGUCUUACUAAGAUAGCAGAUUCCAACGAGAACGAAAUGGAACAUUACAGUACAGAUGUAAACAAAGUACUCGCCGACAUUCCGGAAUGGAUGCAAAUAGAAGAUGCCUACCGUUAUCUUAAAUUGUCGGUAGCAGCAUACGGCUGGUUGUAUGUGCUGUACCGUAACCUCUGUACUUGGUUAUGUUUAUUGACGCCUUAUCUACAGUGCUGCGGCGGCAACCUUAGAGACGUUGAUGUGGACGGCGACAACUGCUGCAUGUGCAAUUACGCCGGCCUUAAAUAUGUGUCUAAAGUGGACGACUCGGAUAUUGUUUAUGUUUCCUUCACAAACAAAGUGUUCGAGGUGGCGUUUUUCGUAAUAGCCGACCAUGAAGGGAAAAAUAUUGUGGUCACAAUUCGAGGGACAAUUUCUUUACCGGACAUGUUCACAGAUUUAGCGGGUGGUUCUGAUGAAUUUGUAGUUGAAGGUUUGCCAGAAGGAAGUCGAGGUCAUAAGGGCAUGGUCUUGAGUGCCAGCAAAACAAUGCAAACUCUACAGCCUGUGUUGGAAAAGGCUUUCCAAAAAUAUCCAGACUACGGCCUCAUUGUGACAGGACACAGUCUUGGCGCAGGCGUUGCUGCAUUACUGGGAAUAAUGUUAAAACCCAAAUACCCAAAAGUCAAAGUAUUUGCAUUUUCAGGCCCAGCGGGAUUGUUAAGUCGCGAAGCGGCUAAGUAUACAGAGAGCUUUGUCUGGACGAUCGGCCUCGGUGAUGACCUCGUCAUGAGGCUUGGGGUGCUCAGCGUACAAGACUUUAGGGAUAAGUUAAUACAAUCAUUACAUGCAACUAGGUUACCAAAGUAUAGGAUAAUAUUGAAAAGUAUAAGAUACGCCUUUUUCUCAAUACCUGAAAGUGAUCUCGACUCGGCGUGGGAAAAUUCAGAUGAUUUAGAAUCUCACCUGCUGCAUGCUCCGAAUCUGCCGAGAGCCUUUCCGGAAACAGACCGUCUGUUCAUAGCUGGCAGAGUUCUUCAUAUAAGACGUCACAAACCUGACAGGAAAUCGGGCAAACAAGAGCCGAAAUAUAGCAUUAAAUGGGCGAUACCUGAUGACUUCAAUGUAGUACAGGUGAUGCCGCGAAUGUUGCUCGAUCACUUACCGGAAAAUGUAUAUGAUGCAGUCAAAAGUGUAGUGUCCGAGAGUCGUACAAGCGCCUCUAGGAGCGUACAAGUUGCGGUAAUUGCUCAGUGAAAAAAUUUGUAAAAACUAUUAUUUUUCUAGAUAUUCUUUUAGGAUCUCUAUACCUAUAUUAUAAAUACUAAAUCGCAUUUCGUCAUCCAUUCGCGAGACCUUACAGGUACUAAUUAAUCACACGAAGAUCUGAUGUAGACCAAUACAUGUUGGAGUUGUUUUUUCUAUUAAUAACGAAUCCUAUUUGCAUAUAAGAUUAUUUUAAAGUAUUUAUUCAUAAUUAUUUAUUGGAACGUAUUAAUUUGCGAUAAUGUAAAUAAUUAUAAGCUUUUGCUACCUCUAAUGAAGUAUUUGUAAUUAAACCCAAGCUUAAGUUCAAUGACAAUUAGUUAUUAAGCUUCUAUUUAUUUCGAUGUAUUAUGUUUAGCGUUUUUUAUUACACCUAGUAUUAAAUAAAAUCGUUAUUUGUAAUCGUAGUUUAAUAUUUUGAGCAAAAUCUAUUGCAAUAAAUUAUUAAAUGAUUUGACAGCUAGAACCGCUAUAUAUUGUGCCACAGUAAUUAAGAGUAAAUAUAAAGUACAUCUAAUAAAAAAAAAUUUUAAUACCUAUUUAUAUAUAAUGUACAUAAUAUAAUGAUAUGUACAUUAGGGUAUUAUAUUUUUUUAUUUCAUGUGUAAUUUUAAUUGUUAACUUUAUAGAACUUUAAAUAUACUUUUUAUGAGCACAAAAUCUCUUUACUAUCAAUUAAAAUUAUAAACAAAAAAAUAACUACAAUUAUUAUAUUAGAUUAAUGCAAAUUAAUUAAUAUUUUUGUAUAAGAAUAAAUAGUGGUUUUAUACUCUAUAUCAUUCAUUUAAAUCUAUUUUAAUUUACUUUGCUGUUAUUUAUGAAACAGCGAAUAUAUGCAUACAUGUAACAUUCCGUAUUUGCUUAAAAGUUAAGCGGUCGGUAUAAAAAAUAAGUAAUAAAUACAAUGUGGAAAAUGGCAAAUUUUAUGGCCACUAGCCAUAGAAUAGUUAAGAAUUUGAUUCUAUACCUUUCAUUAAUGAUAUAAAUGGGUUUUUCUACAUAUUUUAUAAUAUUGUCAUUAUAUAACAGUUCAUCAAUUACAUAAUUCUUAAAAAAACCUAGACGUAAUUAAAACCCACGUAAUAUUUCUUCAUAAAUAUUAUUAUAUAUACUUUGAUAAAAAAAUUUUUAUAUCCAUUUUAGCGUUGCCUCUCAAGCUUGUAACACAGUAU